GAGCACAAGCCUCCGGCAACCACAAGUACCUCAUCGCCUCCUCGCCUGCCAGCGGGAAGGUGGCCUACGUGAAGCUCGCCAGCGACGGCGCCCCGGCCAGCGGCAAGCAGGCAAUGAGGACGCUGAUAGACACCAACCUCAAGUACCCGCAGGGCAUAGCAGUGGACUCGUACAGGGGGAAGCUCUUCGUCGCAGACCCCAGCCUGAACAAGUUGGUGAGCUACACCCUGCACAGAAGCAGCGAUGCCCUCACGGUGAGUCCGAUGCAGACCGUCGCAGAGAACGUUGAGGUCCGCGCCGUCGCGGUGGACGGCCUGGGGAACGUAUUCUUCACUGACGAGCCCGCACAGCAGAUUCUGAAGGUGACAUCUGAGAUGAUGGAGAAGGGCGUGACCACCCCUGAGGUGGUGUACAGCGCGCUGACCACCAGCUCGGUGAGCGCCCCCGGAGGCGUUGCGGUGGACAAUUUCUUUGUGUACUGGGUCAACAAGGCCUCUGGCACAACGGCUGGCUCCAUCGCGCGCGGCCUGCAGUACCCCACGGAGCCCCUCGGCAACAGCGUCAAGAACCUCGCUGCCAAUGCUGCCAAGUGUUAUGGCUUGUGCAUCGCUCUAGGCAACAUCUUCUACACGGACGAGGCGACGAGUCUGUACGGUGUUCACCGCGCCGCGGCGAAGAACGACACCGCCGUGACGAUCAGCAAUGGUUUUCAGGAGCCGCGCGGCUGCACCUACGACGGCGACGGGACCGUGUACGUCGCAGACAAGACGAGCAACGCCGUGUACCAGUUCGCUGGAAACAUGAUGUCGGACCUCCGCAACGUCACAAAGUUGACGAAGGCCGCCGACCUGCAGGGCGCCUUCGGGGUGGCGAUGUACCAGCCGGCCGAGUCCGCCUGA